AUGGGGCUUCCUCUUCCAAGGAAAUUUAAAAUGCCCCAGUUGGAAACGUUCAAUGGCUCCACGGACCGAUUGGAUCAUUUGGAAACGUACAAAUCUCUGAUGCAUUUGCAAGCAAUACUAGACGAAGUCAUGUGCAGGGCAUUCCCAGUAACUCUCAAGGGGAGUGCCCGAGCGUGGUUUAAUAAACUCCCUCCUGGGAGUAUACGUAGCUUCAAAGAGCUUAGCACAAGCUUUGUAAGCUACUUCAUUGCUGGCCAACGCUACAGCAAACUAGCAACACAUCUCCUACCAGUAAAACAAGAGAGAUGGGAGUCACUAAGAGAAUACACCACCAGGUUCAACAAAGAGGUGGUUCAGAUAGAUGAAGCCGACGAUAGUGUAAGCAUAACUGCAUAUAUAGCCGGACUGUACUUUGGACAGUUUCUAUACCUCUUGUCUCAAGAACCACCCAAAACUCUGGCAGAGCUUAUGCUCAAAGCUCAGAAACACAUGAAUGCAGAGGAAGUUGUCUACGCAAGAGGUACACGUGAUGGCUUUGAUCCCCAAGCAGGACCAUCACAGGUUGGCAAAUUUCCUCCACCUGAUAAGAAGAGAAGAGAAUCAACCCGUAAGAUGAGAGGUGAACCAAAGAAAAAAAAGGUGGAUUCAAGAUCAUCCCCAAAGCGGGGAGGAGCAGGAGGACCGCCCCAAGGCCGAUACAAGCAGUUCACUCUACUCAUAGAUGUGGCAGAGCAAAUCCUUAGCAACCUACAGGAUGAUCCAGACCUCAAGUGGCUCGAAAAGUUAAGGACUGAUCCUAAUAGGAGAGCUAAGGAUAAAUACUAUCGGUUCCACAAAGACCAUGGUCAUAACACAGAUGAAUGCAUUGACCUAAAGCAGCAGAUCGAGGAUUUGAUCCAAAGAGAGAGACUUCAACGUUUUGUAACGAAGAAGUAUCAGAAACAAUCCAGGAGGGAAGAUACAAGCAAACAAGGUAGAGAUGGCACGAUGCCCCAGUCAGGUCCCGUUGGAGAGAUCAAGGUCAUUCACGGAGGAUUUGUUGGAGGUGUAGAGUCUAGCAAUGCCAGAAAAGCUCACCUAAGGAAACUGAGAACAGAAGAACAUUUGGAGGUCAACACGGUUGGCCGCCCAAGCAAAUUCCAAAAAAAGGAGGAAAUACCCAUUAUUUUCUCAGAAGAGGACAUCAAGGGAGUUCAAAUCCCUCAUGAUGACUCUCUCAUUAUCACCAUUGUCGUGGCAAACUACCUUACGAGAAAGGUAUUAAUAGAUAGUGGAAGCUCAGCUGACAUCCUCUACCUCCAUGCAUAUGACCAACUAAAAAUUGGACGAGAAAGGUUAAGGCCUAUGACAUCACCAUUAGUUGGAUUUGCAGGUACGCUCGUUUAUCCAGCUUGUCAAAUAGCCCUACCAAUUACUAUAAGAGGAGAGGGAAGUCAGAUCACACAAAUAAUAGACUUCAUAGUAGUCGACUGUCCCUCAGCAUACAAUGCAAUACUGGGGAGAGCAACUCUGAAUAAGAUCGGGGCAAUAAUCUCCACAUAUCAUUUGUUGAUCAAGUUCCCAACACCAGAGGGAGUUCCUUGCGUCAGAGGAGAUCAAAAAGCAGCACGAGAGUGUUACGUCACCUCACUCAGAGGAGCUAACAUCACCAUGAAUGUAGAGAGCCUCAACACAUGA